AACCAUAAAUAUUAUAAAUUUCAUAUAUACAAAAGAAUCAAUGACACACGCAAAUACAAACAAAAGCUCUUCCGUUAGUAACUCAUAUAUCAUUCAACAAUAAUAAAUUAAAUUUACACAUUUAUGUCAUAAAAUAAUUAUUCAAAAUAAAAAUAUUAAACAACAUUAGCUCAUGUGAUGAUCACUUAAUAAACAAGUGAUAUUUAUAAUAAACAAUUAAUUGCAUAUAUCAAAGUUAAAAAGAAAAAUCAAUUUGAUUAUAAAUUUUAAAUGAAUAUAGUCACAUAUUAUCAACAGGAAAUAUUACAAAUGAUAACAAACUGGAAAAAAAAUAUAUAUACAAUAACAAUAAUAAUCGUAUAUGGUAUAUUGUAAAAUUAAGUGGUUAUUGUUGUUGAUCAUGAAGUGGUUUUUCCAAAGAAAUCACUUGUGAAUGAAGGACAAAAAAAAUAUGAAAAAACCGAUAAAUUAAUACAAAAAAAAAAGGACAUUGGCAUCAAGAGAUCUAUCGACAUACAGCAUCAUCGGUAUUUGGCAUCAUCGAGUAGUCUACAUGGUUAGAUUGUGAGGUGACUGUUGAGCACGCGCACUUUCCACCUGCAAAUGUAUUGUGGCACGCGCCAUCAACCGUCUAUAUCCCUCUUUUAUGGCCCUCUGACUCCCUUUCCUCCUUACAGUCGUAUUAUCUGUAUAUAUUUUUAUAUAUAUAUUUAUAUCCCCUACUCAGUGGGACAACAUUUCCCAUACCUCCCACUGUUACUUCUCUCGCGCGUCGUUAUACGCGUGCCACACAACAACGGUGAGACUCACUCAACUCGGAACAACGCGCAGGAGUCAAUCGCUCGUGGGCUUCGUCUUCGACUGGACGAACACCAAGUUCAUCCUAUUAAUUAAAGCUCAUUUCGAAUUUCUUCCAUCAAUUUUUUUUUCGGAUAAUUUGCAAUUUUUUUUCUUCCUUCUUUUAAUUUAAAAACAUUUAUAAAAUUUUUUUUUUUUGAAAUUUAAUAAUGUAUUAAGUUUUUUAUUAUGAUAAACUUUUUUUCAUUUAAAAAAACAAGUGUAGUAAGAUAAUUUAAACAUUAAAAAAAAAGGGAACAAGGAUUUUACAGUGUUUUUUUUAUUUUUUUUUAUUUUUUCAUUAUUGUUAAGUGUAGAAAUAUAAUUCCAUUAGUGAAAUUUGAAUUUUAUGAUUUAUCAAAGAUAUAAAACUUUUUUAAUUGAAAAUACUGAUUUAUUGAUUGUAAAUUAAAUUGAUAUAUUUAAAAAUGAACAAAACAAUAAUAUUAAAAAAAAUUAUUGUGAAUAUAAAUGAUAAAAGUAACAUCGACAUUUAAAAGAUUGCUUGAAACCACCUGUUGACAAUUUACGAGUGGAAAAUUGAUGAGUAGUUGGUCAAGUGUAUUUAUUAAUUUUUGAAGAGAAAAAAAAAACUAAAUUAUUUAUACAUAAUAAUGUGAUAAAAAAGAAGAAGAAGAAUUUUAAAAAAAGUAAAAAUAAUGAUUGAAUUAUGAAUGAUUCAUUAACAAGUUGAUUGACUGGUUCAUCAUGAUGAUGCUAGCAAAAUGUCUGUCUAUAUAUUAACACGAUAAAUAAUAAAGUCAAGUUGGCAUGUGAAAAUAUUGACGCAUAGCAAAGUUGAGAAGGGAUUCCGUGCGAUACUUGGAUUGUAAUCGAGUGGAAUGUCAAACACACUGGACUCGUCACCCAAUACAACGAUGCUUGAGUGGGCAACUUGCCGCCCAUUGGUCAUUCCCCAUGUUAGAAUGAGGCGCUAUCGAACUCGUUAACUAAUAUCUGUUCCAUCACACCAGAUAAAAAUUAAAUUUUAAAAAUCAUAAAACCAGUAAUUUAUCAAAAACAACAUAUAUAUUUUAAAAAAACAACAACAAAUUCCAAUCACAUACCGGAAAACAGUGAAAAAAAUAAAAAAAAAAAAGGUCACACGGUGGCAAACUACUCACGAACUUUAAAUCGCACAAAUUAAUCCCACGUUUUAAAUAAAAAUUUAAAAAACAAUUAUCAUAAUAACAAAUAAUACCUCAAAAAAUAAUAUAAAUUAAAUUUGUGCUUGUGUAUUUUGUGUAUAGAUUUUUAAAAAACAAAAAAAAAAUAUAUUAAAUUGUACUUUUUAAAUUUUUAUCAAGUGAUUCACAAAAGUGAUAAUAAAAAAGAUUAAAAAAAAUUUAGUAAAUCAUCAAUAAUGGCCUCGAAAAAAAUUGGCAAAAAUUUCAAUUUUUGGAGUAAAAUUAUUGUUCAACAUUGAUAAUUAAAAUGAUGCAAAAGUUUUUAAAAAGAACUGCCGAGGAUUUGGAGCCAACUGGUGCUGGACCAGUUGAUGGUGGUUUUGGUGAACCACCAGUUAAAGUACAAUGUUCACAAGUACCACAUCAACAUCAACAAGGACCAAUUGGUCCAGUUGGUGGUGUACCACAUCUUGGACAUGGUCAACAUCAAACUGGCAAUGGUACAAAUUCAUCGGGUCCACAAAUUGGAAACAAUGGUUCAAUUGGUGGUGUUGGAGUUGGUAACAACAAUAAUAAUAAUAACAACAACAAUAAUAAUAAUAUAAAUAACAACAACAACAGCAAUAAUAAUAAUAAUAAUAAUGGACCUGGAAAUGGAAAUGGUGGUAAUGGAAAUAAUGCAAAUGAAGGAUUAACGAAAUUUUCAGUUGAAAUUGUACAACAACUUGAAUUUACAACAUCAGCAGCAAAUUCACAAGCACAACAAAUAUCAACAAAUGUUACUGUUAAAGCACUUACAAAUACAUCAGUUAAAAGUGAUCAUGUUAAUACAACAUCAUCACCAAAAACAAUGGAUAAUUCAACAACUGUAUCAUCAAGAACUCAAUCAAGUGGAAAUAGUAGUGGUGUUGGUGGAGGUGUUGGUGUACCUAGUGGAGGUAAUAAUGUUGUAUCAAAUGGUGGUGGAGGUAUUGGCUGUGUUGAUAUUGGUAAUCUUGUUGAAUGUAAACAAGAACCAGAUAAUGAAUUUGUUGAUCUUGAACAAUGUGCUGCUGCACUUGAAAAAGAUGUUGCUGCAAAUGGUGCUGGUUUUCCUGGUUUUCCAGAUUUUAUUGGUGAUGAUGCUGGUGAUCAAAUAAUAACACCAGAUGCAUUAAAAGAUUUAAUAUCUGAAAUAUCUGAUUUUCAUCCAGAAUUUAUGAAAGAUUUUGAUUUUGAAGAUAAAAAUGUUGAUCCAUUAUCUGGUGUUAAUACAAGUGCCAAUAUCAAUGUCAAUUCAAAUAAUAAUAAUAAUAAUAAUAUUGUUAAUGGUUUAAAUACUACCAAUAAUAAUAAUAAUAGUAAUAAUAACAACAAUAGUAAUAAUAGCAACAACAAUAAUAAUAAUAGCAACAAUACAAAUAAUAAUAAUGUUGGUACAAAUAAUAAUACAAUUGUUGUUGGUAAUAAUAUUGGACCAAUAAAUGGUCAAAUAAAAAUUGAAGAUGACAAAGAUAAUAUUCAUCAUCAUAUUAAUAAUAAUACCAAUAAUAAUAAUGGUGGUACUAGUAAUGGUACAAAUAAUAGUAAUGGUAAUAUUGGAUCAAAUUCAAGUCCUGGUAAUAUUGUAACAUCAUCACAAUAUUCACCAGCACGUAUGCCUUAUUCUGGUCUUGAUUUUAAAUCAGAAAUGAAUCCAGCAGCACAAACAUUAAAACAAAUGGCUGAACAACAUCAGCAUAAAAGUCAACAAUUAGGUCUUGGUUUUAAUUCAGCAGCUGUUGCAGCUGCUGCUGUUGCACGUGGUCCAGCAUCACGUUCACCAUACGCUGAAUUUUCACAAUUUAAUAGUAAUAAUAAUAAUAAUAAUAAUGAAGGAUACUUGGGUAGUCCUGGAAAUAAUGUAACAACAAAUCAAAAUCAAAAUGCUCAAAAUCCUGGUCAAAAUGCUUAUCAUAAAAAUAAUAAUAAUAGUAAUAGUAAUAGUAACAAUAAUAAUAGUAAUAAUAGUAAUAAUAAUAACAACAACAACAACAAUAAUAAUAAUAGUGGUGGUUUUGUUGGACAAAAUCAAACAAGUGAUAUAUUUGCAUCACAAACACAAUUUUCAAAUAUUGAUAUGAAAAGGCCUCAACAGACAAGUGGAAAACCAAAUUUACUUGGACCCACUGGUGGUGGUUAUAAACAACAGUAUUCACCUUAUGGUAGUCCUGGUUCAGUGCCAAAUCAUGGUAGUCCUGGUUAUCCAUUACCACCAAGAGGUAAUGCACAAACUGGUGGACAAAAUCAAAAUGGUCCUGGACAAGGUGGUCCAUUUACAAAUUCAACACCACCAAGACCAUCAUCUGGUUCUGGUACAUCAACAUUACAAAUUAAUCAAGCACAACAACUUCAUAUAUCAAAUCCAGGACAUCAAAUUCAAGUAUCAGCUGGACAGCAUAUGCAAUUGACGGGUGAUUUAAAAUCAGGUGUAUCUGUUGCUGCACAACAGGGAAUGUAUUUUAAUCAACAACAAAGCCAAAAUCAAACAGGACCAACUGGUCAAACUGAUACAUAUUGUUCUGUAUCACAAUCACAAACAAUUAAUUUUACACAACAAAGUUUAAGACAACGUGCUGCAGCUGGUGGUGGUAUACCACAACCAGGUACUGGUCCACCAACUGGUCGUGGUCAUCCACAACAACAACAAGUACCACCAGGACAAGUUGAUCAACAUCAACAUGCUAAAUUAAUUCAUCAACAACAACAACAACAGCAACAACAACAUUUACUUCGUGCACAGGCAAUGCAACAUCAGCAACACAUGACAGCAAGUAUGGCUGGUGUUAGACCACCACCACCAGAAUACAAAGCAGCAGCACAAGCACAAAUGAUGCAUGCUGGUAUUGGAAUGGGACAACAAACGAGAUUUUCAAAUACAGGACCAAUUAGAAGAGUUGCACAACAAGCUAUGCCACCUUCUGGUCCAAUGAUGAGACCACAAAUGGCACCUCAACAACAACAACAACAACAACAACAGCAACAACAACAGCAGGCAUUACAUUCUGCUGGUGGAAAUAUGUAUAUGGGUGGUGUAGGCCCUGGUGUUGGAGGUGCUGGUGUUGGUAAUGGUGGUGUUGGUAGUGGUGGAGCUGGUGGAAUGGCAGCAAUUGGUGGAAUGCAUCAAAUGCAUCAAAGAUUAGGACCAGGUUAUCCGAGAACAAAUAAUCAACGGCCGCCAAAUGUUAGUGUUGGACCAUCUGAUGUUAUUGGAAAUAGUAUUACUGGGCGUGGUGGUGUACAACAAGAAUGGCGACAUCUUGCUAUUAUGCAACAACAACAACAACAACAGCAACAACAACAGCAAGGCUUUCAAGGACACAUGCGACCGCAAUUUAAUCAACAAUCACAUCAAGGUGGUUUUGGUAUGGGUGGAAAUGGAGGAAUGCAAAUGAAUGCAGCACAAAUGCAACAUCAAUUAAUUCGUUCACAAAGUGGUGGUAUGCCUGGUAAUAAUAUGACAAAUACUUCACAAAUGCAACAAUUAUUAUCACAACAACAUCAACAACAAAAUCUUGCAAUGCAACAAGGCAAUAAUCAAAUGUCCAUGCAAAUGCAAAUGUCACAAACUUCAUCAGUUAGUUCAGUUACAAAUGCUGGAACAGGAUCACCAUUACAUCCACAUCAACAGUAUGGAGGUGGUAGUCCAGGUGUUAGAAAUUUACCUCAACAACAUAAUCAACCAGCUUCCACAACAACUGAUCAAUCAGUAUCAGCAGCAACUGAUUUUAGUCUUGAAUUUCUUGACAAUCUUCCCACUGGUGAUUCAUCAAAUUUCAAUGCCCAAGAUAUAUUAAAUUCACUUGAUACAACGGCGGGUUUUCUUGAUUCACUUUAAUGUGGCUUUCAAUUGUUAGUUAAACUAAUCGUGAAUUUUUAAGCAGGCUGUUAUAUAUUAGGCAAUCACAUCUUAGUCAAUUUUAUUAUUUUAUUACUAUUUGUUUGUUUGUUUGUUUUUAUUAUUGUUGAUCAUUUUUAUGAUCAAACAGUUUAUGAUGACAGAGAGAAAAAAGAAUUUAAAAAAUAAUUAGAAAGCACAAACGACUACAUAAUUAAUUAUUAUGAAAAUAAUAAUAUUCCAAAUAAUUUAUUGUUAAAAUUAAUGUACGUACGAUUUUGCUUUCUUUUAUUUUAAUCUCUGGUGCAUUGAAGAGUGCCUACGUCGACGCCACACAACUUUGACGUGUACUCAAUUUUUUUUAUUUUUGUUUUUUUUUUGUUUUACAACUUUAUGACUGUAGCCAUAGUUUCACUGUAGGUAGAAACAUAUUUAAAAAUAAUAACUGAAUAAAUGAAAAUGGCGUUACUUAUAUGAAUCAAUGAAAAAUAAAAAAAAUACUAUUAUAAUAAUUUGAUACCGUUAAAUUUUAUAUAAAAAAAAAACGAAAAGGAAAAUACAAAAAAAAAAAAUAUAGAUGAAGCUUUGUGUACCAUUUAAAUAAUAAUAAUUAUUAUUAUAGAAAUAUUCAAUUGACAUGUAUACAAAGUACAUGAUUAUAUAAACAAAAAAAAAAAAUUAUUGAUUAAGAUAAAGUCAAUUAUAAAUUAAAGAAAAAUAAACAUUUGAGAUAGAAAAAAAAAUCUAUUGAUUCAAAGAUAAUUAUUAUUCGCCGAGAAUAAACAUUUUUUUUGGCUACAAGUUGCUGAAAAUAGUAAUGUUUACUAUGCUCUAUAUAUUAUAAUUAAAUUUAGAAAAAAAAAAAAAAAUAUUCAAUCAUGACUAAAUAAAAUUAAUCAACUUUACAUACAAUAUUGAUUGUAGAAGAAAUUUAAUUAUAAAAAGAUCAAUUAUCUUGAACAAAAUAUAAAAAUAAAAUGAAAAAUAAAACAAUCUAAUUUUAAUGUUACGCUAGAAAAAAAAAAAUGAUAUCGUUCAUGUAUUAAAUGGUGAAUUAACACCAAAUUUUGUUAUAGAAAAAAAAAAAAAAGAAAUUAAAAAAAACAUUUUUUUUUUUUUUUUUUCUAUUGCGAUAAAGCGCAUUCGAAAAACUAUGUAAAUUUAUUGCGAAAUCACUUGAAUGCGUUGUAUCGCUUAAUUAAAAUUACAAGAAAAAAAAAAAAUAUAUAUACCUCUGUUUUUUUUUUUUUUUUUCGGCACAAAUUUAAAUGAAUUUUAAAAAGAAAAUAAACAUUUCCUAAUUCGCAGUUUAUGCGUUAUUUAAUGCUGCGUACAACAAUCGGUUGUAAACAUAAAAAAAUUAUUAAAAAUAAGUAAAUACAUUGCAUGCUUUUAACAAUGUACGUUAAAGCUUUAAAAUUUAUUUAAUUUUUUUUUUUUCUCAACGAUUCUCUCUAUACUCUGCUCUCAUUAAAAAAAAGUCACAAUAUUUCCAUGAUACGUUGGAAAAUAAAUACGUUAGGAAAUUUAUACUCUGUUGAUUAUUAAAAUAAUAAAAUAGUUUUAAAAUUGUAUUAUGACCAGAUCAAUGUUAAUUUAAAAAUACAAAAAAAAAAAAAAAAAAAAAAAAAAAUAGCAUAACUAAAUCUUCCCAAUAAUUGAACAUUCCAUAAAUGGAUCCUCAAUAAAAAAAAAAAUAUGGAUCACACAAAAUCAAUCCUUGAUUACAAUUAUUAUUUUUUUUGUUUUUUUACCCAAAUAGAACAAAUUUAUAAUUAAACAAAACAAUUAAAUAAUUGUUUGAAAUAAAUAAUAUAGUAAUUCAUAAUAAAUCUAUAAAUAAUAAAUGAUUUUGUAGAAAUUUUUUCAAGUUGAUGGAACAACUUAUUUAUGACAGUAUACAAUAUUUGUGAGCCACAAAAUAUAUAUGUGAAUUUUGAUGAAAUGAUAUAAUCUUGGUUAAUAUUGGGGCCACGAAUAAAUAAUCUUAAAAAUAUGAAAAAUACAUCUUAGAAUAUUUGAGACAGGUGCUCUAAUAAUUCUUGUAUUAUAUACAAAUCAAAAAAAAAUUAAUUAAAUAAUACUACAAAUAAAAUAAAAACAUAAAAAUAAUUAUCAUCUAAAGCUAAAUUGACAUGUAAAACAAGUAUUUUAUUUAAUUACAAAUUUACUGGUAUUUUUUUCUUUGAAUUAUUUAUGAUAAUAAACAACUUAAUGAGCAUUAGGGGACCAACGUCAUUACAGUGAAUCGUUAAAUUGUUAAUUAAAAAAUUCUUCAUCAUGAAAAAUAUAUAAAAAAUAAUUUCCAUUGAUGUAUAUAAAUUACAUACUUGAUACAUUUGUUGUAUUUAAAAAAAAACAAAACACAAAAAUGGACAAAUAAAUACGUUGAAUUUGUUUAACAAAAACAAUGAAAAAUAUAUAUUCAAUUUGUUGUUAUUUAAA